UGGAGGUGGCGGGGGGAGGCCGGAGGGGCGGAUCCUGCCUGGGGGCUGAUCCCUCCCUCCCCUCGGCCGGGCUCCGUGGCGGCAGCGGCGGCGGCGGCGGCUCCAUUCCCCCUCCUCCCCCGGGAGCGGCGGCGGCGGCCGGGCCGGGGCCCCAGCGCGGGCCGGGAGGGGGCACGGCGGUGGCCGCAGAGGCCAGCGCGGGAGGAGGCCGCGCUCCGCUCCCCGGGCCGCGCGGACCUGCUCGACGGCCGGCCCGCCCGCGCCCAGGGGCCCCGAUCGGUGGGGCCGGGCCGGCGGCUGAGGCCUGUCCCCUUGGUUCCCAGGUGCCAUGAGGAAGCCUCGCCGGAAGUCGUCACGGCAGAAUGCCGAGGGCCGGCGCUCCCCAUCCCCUUACAGUCUGAAGUGCUCACCCACCCGGGAGACCCUAACAUACGCCCAGGCCCAGCGGAUCGUUGAGGUGGACAUUGAUGGACGCCUGCAUCGUAUCAGCAUCUAUGAUCCACUCAAGAUCAUCACAGAAGAUGAGCUGACUGCCCAGGAUAUCACUGAAUGCAAUAGUAACAAGGAAAACAGUGAGCAGCCUCAGUUUCCUGGCAAGUCUAAGAAACCCUCAUCCAAGGGCAAGAAGAAGGAGUCCUGUUCCAAGCAUGCGUCCGGCGCUUCCUUCCACCUCCCACAGCCCAGCUUCCGCAUGGUGGACUCAGGCAGCCAGCCAGAAGCUCCGCCGCUGCCUGCUGCCUACUACCGCUACAUUGAGAAGCCACCUGAAGACCUGGAUGCAGAGGUAGAGUAUGACAUGGACGAGGAGGACCUUGCCUGGCUGGACAUGGUGAAUGAGAGGCGGCGAGUAGAUGGGCACAGUUCGGUGUCAGCAGACACCUUCGAGCUGCUGGUGGACCGGCUUGAGAAGGAGUCAUACUUGGAGAGUCGCAGCAGCGGGGCCCAACAGUCACUCAUUGAUGAAGACGCCUUUUGCUGUGUGUGCCUGGAUGACGAAUGCCACAACAGCAACGUCAUUCUCUUCUGUGACAUCUGCAACCUGGCUGUACACCAGGAGUGCUAUGGCGUUCCCUACAUCCCCGAGGGUCAGUGGUUAUGCCGCUGUUGCCUGCAGUCUCCCUCCCGGCCUGUGGAUUGUGUCCUCUGCCCCAAUAAGGGUGGCGCCUUCAAACAGACCAGCGAUGGGCACUGGGCCCAUGUGGUAUGUGCCAUAUGGAUCCCUGAAGUCUGCUUUGCUAACACCGUGUUCCUGGAGCCCAUCGAGGGCAUUGAUAAUAUCCCACCUGCCCGCUGGAAACUAACCUGCUAUAUCUGCAAGCAGAAGGGGCUGGGUGCUGCCAUCCAGUGCCACAAAGUGAACUGCUACACGGCUUUCCAUGUGACGUGUGCACAGCGGGCUGGGCUCUUCAUGAAGAUUGAGCCCAUGCGUGAAACCAGCCUCAAUGGCACCAUCUUCACAGUGCGCAAGACUGCUUACUGUGAGGCCCACUCACCACCAAGUGCUGCCGCUGCUAGGAGGAAGGGCGACUCCCCUGGAAGCCUCGGUGAGGCUGGGGAUGAGGAAGGGCUGAAGGAGGGCUGUGGGGAGGAGGAAGAGAAGGAAGAGGUGAAAGAGGAGGAGGAAGAUGAAGGCCAAGGCGGGGUAGGUGGCCAGCUCAAAGGAGUGCCCAAGAAGAACAAGAUGACUUUGAAGCAAAAGAUCAAGAAGGAGCCAGAGGAAGUGGGCCGAGACACGCCCUCCACUCUCCCCAUGGUCACUGUCCCACAGAUACCCUCUUACAGGUUGAACAAGAUCUGUAGUGGUCUCUCCUUUCAGAGGAAAAACCAGUUCAUGCAGCGGCUUCACAACUACUGGCUGUUGAAGCGGCAGGCACGGAAUGGUGUCCCACUCAUCCGACGCCUGCACUCCCACCUGCAGUCUCAAAGAAAUGCCGAGCAGCGAGAGCAGGAUGAGAAGACGAGUGCAGUGAAAGAAGAGCUGAAAUACUGGCAGAAGCUCCGACACGACUUGGAGCGGGCACGGCUGCUGAUUGAGCUGAUUCGGAAAAGAGAGAAGCUCAAACGGGAGCAGGUCAAGGUCCAGCAGGCUGCCAUGGAGCUGGAGCUGAUGCCGUUCAAUGUUCUACUGAGGACAACACUGGACUUGCUGCAGGAGAAGGAUCCUGCACACAUCUUCGCCGAACCUGUCAACCUGAGUGAGGUUCCAGAUUACCUGGAAUUCAUAUCCAAGCCAAUGGAUUUUUCUACUAUGAGGCGGAAGCUGGAGUCCCACCUGUACCGCACCUUGGAGGAGUUUGAGGAGGACUUUAACCUUAUAGUUACCAACUGCAUGAAGUAUAAUGCUAAAGACACAAUUUUCCACCGAGCAGCUGUCCGCCUCCGGGACCUAGGAGGGGCCGUCCUGCGGCAUGCCCGGCGGCAGGCAGAGAACAUCGGCUAUGACCCCGAGAGGGGCACCCACCUGCCCGAGUCACCCAAAUUGGAGGACUUUUACCGCUUUUCCUGGGAAGACGUGGACAACAUCCUCAUCCCAGAGAACCGGGCCCAUUUGUCCCCGGAGGUGCAGCUGAAGGAGCUGCUGGAAAAACUGGACCUGGUGAGUGCCAUGCGGUCCAGCGGGGCCCGGACCCGCCGCGUCCGCCUGCUGCGCAGGGAGAUCAAUGCCCUUCGGCAGAAGCUGGCGCAGCCGCCGCCAUCACAGCCACCAUCACUGAACAAGACUGUGUCCAAUGGGGAGCUGCCAGCAGGGCCCCGGGGGGACUCGGCUGUGCUGGAGCCAGCCCCCCAGGAGGAGCCAGAAGACGAUGGGGACAGAGAUGACUCCAAACUGCCUCCCCCACCAACCCUGGAGCCCACUGGGCCUGCACCUUCCUUGUCUGAGCAAGAAUUCCCCCCGGAUCCCCCCACUCUGAAACCCAUCAAUGAGAGCAAACCUCUGAGCCGGUACUUAAAGCCCAGAAAGGUGGAGGAAGAUGAGCUCUUGGAAAAAUCACCUCUGCAGCUAGGGAGCGAGCCCUUGCAACGCCUACUCAGUGACAAUGGUAUCAACAGGGUGUCCCUCAUGGCCCCUGACACCCCCACCAGUGCCCCACUCAGUGGUGUGGGCCGCCGCACCUCAGUCCUCUUCAAGAAGGCCAAGAAUGGGGUUAAACUACAGAGGAGCCCAGAUGGGGCCCUGGAGAAUGGUGAGGACCAUGGAGCAGUGGGCUCUCCUGCCUCUCCCGCCAGCAUCGAGGACGAGCGGCACUCCCGGAAGCGGCCAAGGAGCAGGAGCGGUAGUGAGAGCGAAGGGGAAAAGUCCCCCCAGCAGGAGGAAGAGACAGGCGUGACCAACGGCUUUGGAAAACACACCGAAAGCGGGUCCGACUCAGAAUGUAGUUUGGGUCUCAGUGGUGGACUGGCAUUUGAAGCUUGCAGUGGUCUGACGCCCCCCAAACGUAGCCGUGGGAAGCCAGCCCUGUCCCGAGUGCCCUUCUUGGAAGGUGUGAACGGAGACUCCGACUACAGUGGCUCAGGCAGAAGCCUCCUGAUGCCCUUUGAAGACCGUGGAGACCUGGAGCCCCUGGAGCUGGUGUGGGCCAAGUGCCGAGGCUAUCCCUCCUACCCCGCCUUGAUCAUCGAUCCCAAGAUGCCCCGGGAGGGCCUCCUGCACAAUGGCGUCCCCAUCCCUGUCCCCCCACUGGAUGUGCUGAAGCUGGGAGAGCAGAGACAGGCCGAGGCUGGAGAGAAGCUCUUUCUUGUCCUCUUCUUUGACAAUAAGCGCACAUGGCAGUGGCUUCCGAGGGACAAAGUCCUGCCCCUGGGUGUGGAAGACACCGUGGACAAGCUCAAGAUGCUGGAAGGCCGCAAGACCAGCAUCCGCAAGUCAGUGCAGGUGGCCUAUGACCGCGCAAUGAUCCACCUGAGCCGAGUCCGGGGACCCCACUCCUUUGUCACCUCCAGCUACCUGUAAGGGUGGGGCCUGGCCUGCUCUGCUUCCGUCCCAUGGGGUGCAGAAAAACCUCUUACUGCCCCAGCCAGACGUAUGGCCGGCAGCUUCCCCACUUCAUGGCAGGCCAGGGACUGGGCUGUGUCCUCCCCAAGGGCAAGGCCCCAGUUUUGACCAACUGCGUGGUUCCCUUGGCAGGCCUGCCGUGUGCCAAAAACUCCCACCUGAGCUCCCUCAGGGGCUGGUCCACUGAAGAACCAAUUAGAAGUAGAAACAGCUGUGAGGCUUGGGCCCAGCCAAGGAGGUGGGCCUGGCCCCGGAAGGCAAGAGGUCCCGGGCUCUUUCUCAAGGGUGUGCCUGGCCCCUCCACCCCACUCCCUGCUAACCACACCUCAGGGCGAGCGAGGCUCUGUCGGUGACCCCAGAGGUGCUGUGGCUACACUAGGGUCCCUGGUGGAAUCUCACUGAGCUCACCCUCUCUCCUCUCCGUCACCCAUUCUUACACCUCUUCCCUGUCCUGUCUUCUGCACCUCUGCCCAGCUCUGUUAUUCCCAUGUUCCUUUCCCUACUUUCUCUUGUGCCAAACUGACAGAAACCAUCACCAAACUGGUUUUUUUUUUCUUUUUUGUAUCUCGUUCCCUUUGAGGUCAGCUGCUAUGUUAGGUGGGUAUCUCUGCCUGGUCCUCAGGGCCCAGGACAGAGGCCAGCCUACCACUCAGGUGACCCUCCCACCAGCACACAUACCACCUAUGCCCCCCACCCCCCCGACUCUCACUGCUGCGACACACAGCUGAGGCCAGGCUGUGAUAGCUUGCCCACUUGGAUUGGGGGGGUGCCCCUCCUGCCCUUUCCUUGUCUUGCCAAGAGGUGGGCUGAGGCUGGGCAGGCUCCUGUCAGCAGACCUGGCUGGUUGUGAGAGAGUCUGUCUGUCCACUGGGGUGUUGAGGGUUGUUGGGGUGGAGCUGUGCCCUUCGGCUAGGUCUGCCCCUCACCCCUCCUGCUCCCUCUCUGUGGGCUUUUCCUUCUGUGCCACUGCAGCCUCUAGCCUCACUCUCCAUCACCCUAGAUGGCGUGGUACCCAUAGUCCAGCAUCUUCCUGUCCUUUGCUCUGCCCUGUCCAGCCUCUGCUGCUCCCGCUUCCCAACUCCAGGGAACGCAGUGCUUCUAUUUCAAACCUUCUGUCCCCUUCCCUCUUUUCCUUCAACCCCCUCCCUCCUUCACCUUCUCAAAAACGGAAGGGAAAAAAAACUGUGAAAAGGGGAAUGCUGACUGACAAACCAACACAACUUUCAGAGGCUUCGAUGUCUGUUCUCUGGAUGUUUCUUUUCACCUCACCUCUUAAGCACCAAAGUCGCAGGGCCAGGUUGCAGGCCACUGAUCGCCAUGUUGAUUUUUAACCUGACGUUCUUUUUAAUUGUUUUAAAUUUUUCAUAGGGGAGUUUUGGACAAAACGAAGUCACUGGGGAGAUCACUGCCAUUUUUACACACUCGACUUUUUAAAAAUACAACCAGUCAACCACCACAACUUCUUAUACAUUUGGGACACGAGCCAGAGUUUAAAAGGGAACCAACAAAACUCUCUAUAACAUAAAGGAUGGGGUUUUGGCUUUUGUACAAUAAUAAAAAUACAAUACAGCAUAUGGCUAGGGAAGGACAUGGUGUAUAUAAUUGUAAAAUACUGUUCUAAAUUAUUCAGGCCUAUAGUUUCAUUACUGGAGUCCUCCAUUGUGUGGCUGAGUAUUUUAAAUGCACACAGUGUGGUUUAUUUAAGGAGCCAAUGUGUCCCCCUCUCCCCAGGUAGUUGGUCGGCUGUGGACUCUGUGACCUUCGUCUCAACCUGUGUUGUAAGAUCUCGGGGCUUUCUCUCUCUCUCUCAAUCUCUGUGUCUAUCUAUUUCUUCCCCCCAAGACAUUCUCUUUCUUAGUCUCUUUUUUUCGAUCUCUGAACCUUUCAGUCUCUCUCUGAGUCUCAUUUUUAAAACUGCUCUUUUAGAACAGGAAACGGCUCAGAUCCUGCUGUGGCAUGGGGCCUAUGUGUCUCAGUCGCGUCUGCUGUGAAGCACACGAUGCUCUAUUUAUUGUAGAAAGUGACUUUAUUUGCUUUCUAGAAUUGUUUAUAACAGAUGGUAUAAGAGAGGUAAUAAACAGAGAAAAAUCUAUGCUUGUAAAGAAUACAAAAGUUAAUUUUACCUACUAUAAUAUGACUGUCUGAAACUUAUUUUCUCUCUGAGAAAUAAAUGUUCUAAUGGGCAGCA